GGCGUUGGGGUGGCAGGAAGGCCUCGAGGGCAGCUCCCUUUGGCGCCUGGAAGGGAAUCCUCCUUCUUUUUUCUCUCCUCCUUUUCCCCCUCUCCCUUGAGGUACGCUGCCGGGUCUGCCGGCGCUAUCCUAUGAUCUGUGAGGGACAAGUUGUUCGACAGCUGGUGCCUCUGCUUGCCCUGAUGUCAGUCAAGACAGCCGCAGCAUCUCUCAGCGCCUUCCUGCCAACCAUCUCCCACCGCAGCGCCAUGGAAAGAUCCCGCUUCAUGGCUGGCGUGACCCGCCGGCUCUCAUCAGCUGAUGGUCCGUGCAUGCGCCUCAAACACACACGCGCUCGAGCCUUGCCGUGUUCCUCUCUCUGCUGUGUCUGUGUUUUUGCAGCCUCGACAUCGACUGGACCUCCUCCUCGCGGCACAGCGUUUGUGCAGGCAGGAUCCGGUGGGCUGGGCAUUGCCAUCUGCAAAGAGCUCCUGAGGUCUGGCUAUGGCGAGGUCAUCGCCUCCCACAACCGACCGCCCUCGGCCGCCUUCCAAGAGCUACUCGACCGUUAUGGUGGCGGUGAGCACAAGCGCCUUCACCAGGUGCAUCUGGACAUAACCGACGAGGCCUCUAUCGAGGCCGCCAGCCAGUGGGUGGAGGGGUCUGUUGGUGCUGAGGGGCUGGAUCUCGUGAUUGUGGCGUCGGGCAUGCUGCAUCCGUCGGGCAGGGGCGAGACGUCGAUCAGCAAAGUGACUCAGGCCGACUUGCAGCGGACCUUCGCCGUCAAUUGUGUGGGGCAUGCCCUGGUGGCGAAAUGGUUCAGCCCGUUGCUCGUCCGCAGGUCGGUCGGUAGGAGGCUCGCCCUGAUCAUCCAUCUCUCUCUCUCCAUGGAUCUCUCUUGCCGUGUGUGUCCGCCCGUGCAGAUCACAGCGAGUGUGUGCGGCAGAUCGUCCCCCGCGGCUUGUCAACAUCUCGGCGCGCAUCGGGUCUAUCAGCGACAACCGAUUGGGCGGCUGGUACGGCUACAGGAUGUCCAAGGCGGCCCUCAACCAGCUGACGAGGACGCUGAGCGUCGAGCUGGGCAAGCGGAAUGUGUGUGUGUUCUCGGUGCAUCCCGGGACGGUGGACACGGACUUCUCGAGACCCUACCACAAGAACGUGCCCGAAGAGCAGCUCUUCCCGGCAGACAAGUCUGCGAGUAUGCUGGUGAAGCUGAUGAAUGAGGCGAGUAUGGAGCAGAACGGGCGGUUCUUUGCGUAUGACGGGAGUGAGAUACCUUGGUGACUGACGGGAAGGUAGUGUACAGCUAGCUGUUGGUCGUGUGUGGCAGGAGGGAGGCGGGGCGAGAAGUAGAUCGGUCGGCAGGGUGUGAGAGCGACGCUCUCGGGCCCUUCUGUGUAUACAGAACACAGCUCAUCGGUGGAUGGAUAGACACGUCCAUAAAAUUUCAGUGAGUG